UAAAGGAUUCCGGAUCUGGACCGGUUCAAACCUGUUCAAACCUGUUGGAACCUGUCGGAACGUGUUGGGACUUGUCGAGGCGGGUGAGACUUGUUCUCUAGGACUAAGGUAGGAGCUUCCUGGUGAAGACAACGUUUGGUAUGAAUGAUUGAUAGAGACAAUUAAGGAAUGAAUGUAAUUAAGACUUAAGACUAAGUGAGAACGUUAGUGAACACGUGGCGAGCACGCGGCGGCCGCGUGGCUAGCACGUGUUGUGUGUACGGCGAGGACGGACGUUAAGAUGGCGGACGUAGAAUCGAAUAAUAGCAGCGAUGCGGAAUCGGAUAUUUCUGCUGAAUUUAGCGAGGAAGAGAGCAGAGUUAAAACCAGAUCGGUGAGGAAAUUCACCAAGAUGGCGACGGACGUUGCAACGGACCGCGUGGCGACCAAGCCUAGAGCUAGGGCGCAGACGCAGAGGGGGAAGACCGCAGAGAAGACGAGCCAAGAUGGCGGAUCGAGGGAAGAGGCCGUCGGAUCGAAGCCGGACCAACAUGGCGGAGCAAGAGGCAGCGCUGCUGUUGCUAAGACGGGCCAAGAUGGCGACGCUAGAGGGGACGCAGCAGCAACGAAAGUUAGCAAAGAUGGCGGCUUAAAGUGCGGCGUUGCCGCGCCAAAAAUAAGAGUAGUACAAGAUGUGCUCGUUAGGAGAAGGGACGACGAGGAUGCACCAUCUGGCAACGAGUCCAGUGAUGGCAGCGUCACGGAUAAAAGGGGGGGGAAAAUAACAAAAGCUGAAAGACAAUUAUACAAACAAGUGCAGGCUAAUAGGUCAUGCGAUGUGCUCGAAGCGCACGAUGCCUAUAAUGAAGCGAGGAAAGCGGUACAGACGCUUAGGCUAAAAUCCAGGGCCCAGGAUCACCAGGGGCUGCUGAACUUGUUGGAGGACGCACAUGUGACAAUGAUCACGAAAUUGGAAAGAGUAGCCACUAGGAUGGAGGAUGCAGUGGCAAGGUUAGACUACCUGCAGGAAAAGCUAUGCGAAAGCGCACUAACUGGGGGUAACGAUGAUGAGGGAUGGAACGAAGUUGGCAAAGGGGGUCGCGUCUUAGACGCUAAACAAACGCAGCGGAUAGAGCCAACAAAGCGCUCAUAUGCGGAUACAGCGAAGACCACAAAGGCUGCUGGCAAGGCUAAGGCCACCAAAUUAACAUUAGCCGAUAGGAUUAAUGUAAGCAAAGCCGCACAGGCGUUAAAGGAGAAUCUGCCGGUGGUUCUAAUUAAGGAUGUGAAAGGAGUUCUGAACACAGGAGUGGUGAGGAACAAGGUAAUAUCAGGUCUGAGGCCGGCACUUGCAGGCUUAAAAGUCAAGACCACAAGAAGUGCAAGGAACGGCGUCGUGCUGGAGUUAGAAAGCGUCGAAGAUGCGAAUAAGCUACUUAAGGCCACGGGAAUAUGUAAGAACAUGGGGUUGGUGGCGACUGCGCCGAAAGGAACGAGGCCGAAGAUAAUCGUAAGGAAUUUCUAUACGGAAUGCUCGGACGAUGAAAUUAUUGAUGAGAUUGCGGCGUGUAAUGACAUGCCGGCUGGAUUUGCCGACACGGCUAAGGUGGUGUGGCGCGCCAAGAAUGGCACGACCGUUAUUGAAUGUGAGGAAAAUGCAAGGGAAAUUUUGGUGAACGGGGUAUUCACAGCCUUUUGGCACAGAUACACUGCGAAGAACUACGUUUCUGUGCAGAGGUGUUUCAGGUGCCUGGGCUUUGAUCACAGGGUGAAUGAAUGUACAGCCAAAGUGGCUAGUUGUAACAGAUGUGGAUAUGAGGGCCAUCUGGCAUCUGAAUGUAAGGUAAAGGAUAAGGACCUAGAGUGUAUAAAUUGCUGGCGGAUGGAGCGCAACUGUAAGCAUAGGGCUUUAACAGAUGCGUGCCCACUGUAUGUAAGAGAGCGGAAUAAAAGGGUUAAAAGAGUGAAUUAUGUUGCGAGUGUUGAAUGCAUGAAGAAUGAUUAAAUUUAUU